ACGCCACCGAGCCCCAUUCAGUUGAAUAUCGCACACGGACCGGAUCGCAUGCUCGUGUUGUCGCGCGCCGUCGAGAGUCUCUUUUUGUUUGUUUAUCUUUUCCACACCAGAGAGUCUCCAUCAAAUGGGCGAACAAGCCUCCACACACAACACUCCGAUCGACUUUCGCGAAUGUUCCGACGUGCAAGAAUUAGUACCAGAAUCGCGCGGGUCCAGCUAAUCCACAGUUUCCACUUGACAGGAAUCACACAAUAAACAAACCACGUACACGAGAAGAUAAUUAUGUCAAAAUCUGCUCUUCGCAAGAAUCCGCCGUUCAGAAAUCAAAUCCAAGCCUACUUUGACGAGCAGAACAAACACUUGAGUGCCUAUCGAUACCGUUCGGCAAUUAGACUCAAAUAACGCCCCGCCCACGUCGUCGUGUCCGGUGUCGUCCCCCGUCCGUUGAAUACUCGGGUGCAUCGCGAAAGUGCAUCUACCUGCUGCUUCAGUGUCGCGCGAAGUGUUAAAGCAGGCCGAGAGAAAGUGUGCAAACAAAGGCCAACGCAAGAGACGCAGCAGCGAAUGAAUGCGUGAAGAGCGUCUCUCCCCGAAUCGGCCGUCGGGAAGCGUUUCUGGUGUGUCGUGACACGAGGCAAGUGUGUGCUAUUUAUCGUCAAAACGAAGAAGCAAUCUGCCAAAUUAAUUUGCGACUGUCAACCGACAAGUGAAAACAUUUUCCGUUCUCUGAUUUGCAUUUUUUUUUCUAUUCUGUUUUUAAACCGUUCGACCGAGAAGAAAAUUUCGGAAUUGGAAGGUCGAAACUCGAAAAUUUUUAUCGCAAGUGAGGCGCCAAUGUGAUUGUUUUUGUUUCCGUCUUUACCGACAAGUCAUUGAAGGAAGAAGAAGAGUUCUGAAGAAGCAAUAGAAAAGAGAAUCGUCGUUUCACGACGUCUGGAAGCACACGCAUACGCGUGUAUGUGUUCAUCUACCACGAGGAAGUACUAGAAUUUCAUCGGAGCAGGCGCAUUAGGGAUAAAGGGAUUUUGCGGUGUCCGUUCUUGGAGCUAUCAGCUGGUUCGUCAGUGUGUUCAUCUAGUUGGCACUGAGUGAAAACCCCGAGCGUAGCGUGGCUUGCUUGGAUUUCAUCGUCCGGUGGAUUCGCGGCGGCAGUUGUUGGAGAACAUAACAGACUCCGCAAGUUGCAUCCCGCCGACGUUGAUCGCAUUUUAUUAAUCAAACAGUGCCACCCAGAAGCAGCAAAACACCGAACGAAUCAACGAACCGCAGAGCGACCAAACAUUACCAAACUCUGACCCUGCGGCGUCCCGACCGCCACGCCUGCUUGGUUCGCCGCAUUAAGGCCGGACCAACUCAGAAGUAAAUUUGAUUGUGAUUAUCUAUCGCGAGUAGCGAAGCGAGAGAGUAUCUAGUUAACUACGUUUAACUUAGUAGAUGUAUAGUGAUUUCAUAAGUAAUUUCGUGUUUGAGAGCUGAUUUUUUUUACCAUUGAAUGCUAUCAAAACGACUCCGACGACUUCGGCUUUAGUUUGGUGCAGAAAUUCUGAAUCGAAUCGAUUGAAAGGCAGAAGAAGAAGAAGGAGAAGAAUCCGAUCUGUGAUUAUUUUUGUUAAUUUUAAAGUAUCGCUUUUAACGCAACUUGGAAGUAAUAAUAAAACGCCGUAUACUACCAUUUUUUUCGCCUAAUUUCGUGAAUGCAAUAUAUUUGAGUGAGCUGUGAGUGAAAGGAGUUCUUCCAAGAAAGGAAAUUGAGCACCUGUUUUUUAUAAGUUAUCUCUCCGAUUUCACAACGAAAAGACAAGCAAGCAAACAAAAUGUACACCAACUCCAACCUCAGUCUGACCGUUCCGCCGUUGAUGGGCAUCGAAGCUGGAGUUUGCACCACGCCCAGGACGCCGGAAAUCCUCAACUCGCUGAUGGCCAUGACAAACCCGCUCGAGUAUUCGUACCCGAGCGCGGCAACGACGCAGGCAAACACGACGAUAUCCGCGGGCGUCCUCGCCGGGUCCUCCGCCAAUACUGCCAGCUCGCAACAGGUGUCACAGGCUUCCCACGACAGUCAUUCCAACAGUUCCGAUUCACCGCUGGACUCUCCCGCAGCCGGCCAUCGCAAGACUCCGAGCGUACAACAGACCCGCUCGCAACUGAUCAAGGCCGGUGUGAAGCUGCUGAUACAGAGCAAGCGCAAGCACAGCGGAUGCGACUCCAGCGAUGGGAACGAAUCGUCCAGCGGCGGAGGAAGGGCUGGAGCUCCUCAGUCCAAGAAACGCCGCGACACCGACAAUCUGACGAGCGAGGACGACGUGGAGAGUCUGCGGGCGAACAACAGUUCGUCGACGGGGGGCGGCGCAGGAGGUCCCGGCAGUGCCAGCAGUCCUCGAUCCGUCACUGGGUUGACUCCGGACGAUGAGGAUCGCCGCCGACGACGUCGGGAGCGGAACAAGAUCGCCGCUACGAAGUGCCGGAUGAAGAAGCGAGAGCGUACCGUUAACUUGGUCAACGAGUCGGAAACUCUGGACGCCCAGAACAAGGAGCUGAAGCAGCAGAUGGCAGACCUGGAGAAUCAACGGCGGAAGCUGAUCGAGGUUCUGCAGGCUCAUGGUCCGACCUGUGUACACCAGAAAGGUUACCAACCCCUGCCUAGUCUGUCCACCAUCACGAACAACAACUGCAAGUUUCUCAACGACCUGAACUUCCUGGAUAGCACAGCGGAGGAGAUCAAAUACUCGGAAUGUCUCAAAUCCGGCGGGGAGUUGGGCGAUUUCUCCAAACAAGACAACGUGCUACCUCCCGGUUAUUGCAAACUAUCUCCAACGGAGGUGAACUAUUCAACGCCUACCGACGUCAUGGCUAUCAACAACUUCACAGAAGCGCUGAAAUGCGAAUACAUUCCAACCAACCAAGAAAAGCCGGCCCGCGCCAAACCAGGACCCAAGCCACGUCAGAAAGCCGCCAAGCGUUCGAUCACUGUAACCAGUACAACGACUACAGUGACGGAAACUCUGCCUUCGAUACCCGUAACUCUACCCAGCGCCGACUUUAUCCUGAAAAGUGAGCUCAUCGACACCAACAGUCCAUAUACCACAGUUCAAUCGGCCGAUCGCUUCCUCUUCGAGAAUUCCCUGGAUCUGUACAACAACAAUAACAACGACAGCAAUACCCUGGACGGCCACCACACAAACGACAGUGACAAACUGACCUCCCUGGCCGUCAAGGACAACGCUUCCAACGCCCUGCUGGAGUUCAGUGCUACCUUCGACACCAUCAAACCUUCCGAUUACGGACUCCUGUCAACGCAUCAACAUCUACCCAACCAACAACACCACCACAAUCAUCACCAACAACAACAUCAACCCCUACAACAGCAGCAGCAACAACAACAGUGCCAUCUACAGCAGACCCUCGGUAAUCUGCAACUCCAGCAGCAACCCCUGCAUCACAGCAACAAUCUGCACCACCAGCUACUCUCGCAGUCGAACGUGUCCGGUCUGCUCGCCGGUACCAGCAUCGUGACCAACGACUUCCUGAUCCUGCCGGAACACGACGGCAGCGAGUUCACCGACCUGGACAGCGGCAUAACUUCCUACGCCAACAUCAACGGAGGAUGCCUGGCGUGACCACCGUCCUCGCCGUUGCCACCGUUACCGCUGAUGUUGUAGGAAGCCGAGGCCAACUUUGAUCACUAGAGCGCUAGAACGGAAUGUUUCUUCAGCCGUUACACACGGAGAAAAGUUUGCCAAAUUUGUCGUACUCUUAGCAUCAACACCCCAGUGAUCGCCGCUACGCGCAGUUACCGUACUCGUUUUUAGAUUUUUUAGAACUUUGUUUUAAAUAUUUGUAUUUAUAUACUUCUAAUCGGAUCCCAGAUUUAGGAGGCGUGAGUGUGUUUGGUAGUCAGUCAGUCAGUCAUAAGACGCUCUUGAAGAAGACGCAAAAGAAACUCAAAAUCCAGGAUUUUGUUUUGCAACCCAAAUGCAGGGCCGGCUCAAAGCCGGCUGGAAACGGGUGUGGGCCAGGAAAAUGGAUCACGUAUUUUUUUCGAUUCUAGGAUUAUGUCUCAAUCAUCAAAGUCUCUCUCUCUCUCAGUCUCUGUUGUCACUCGAAAAAAAAAAUGUCAUCCGCGUGAGUAUGCGCGCGUGUGUGUGUGUGUGAGCCCAACGAACUCGAAUGUGUAUGUGCGAGCGUUGGAUUUUAAAGGAGAAAGAGAAAGAAUUAACAUUCAUAAUUGUUUCUUUUUUCAAUGACACAAUCUAUUUUUUACGGACACUCAUUUGUGUUAGGGUUCCUUCCGAUAACCAACGUUUCCUUUUCUUAGAAAGUAAAACAGCAAAAUGCAUUCCUUGUUUGUUCGUAAGUUACCGUACUCAACGUUAUAUCGUUUGUAUCUGUCAAUCUGUCGUUCUUUCUCUUUCUCACCGUGUCUCCGAUUUAAGAUAACAAGAAAAUAAGUGUUUUUAAUAAUGUAUACUUCAGCAAUAUUGUGAUAUUCGUUGCCCGCGUUUGGUGAGAUUAUGGAUGAAUUGUUAUCUGUUUAAUACGAAAAAUUUAGAAACACAAACAUAAAAUCGAACAUCGAAGUAACGAGAAGGUGCUG